CGUGCGUAUUCGCCUUCUUCUUAUCCCCUCUCCUCUGCACACGAAAAUGGCCACGCAAUUGCAUUCCCGCACAUCCACCAAACCCCGUUUGCACCGCCCGUAACCCCGCGGCCACACACGCACACACGCACGCGCGCGCGCACACACUCACAGGCGCGCUGCUGCGACCCUUCAAUCACCCUGACACGUUUAACACACACAAUCUGACCCAUUAUUACUGGCCGGGGAGCAAUGUAACUUUCCCAGAAAGAGGUGGGCAAAAAAAGAAAAAAGAAAAAAAGAAAAAGCAAAGCCAGAUCCAGUGUAACCAGUCCGCCACCUAGCUGCGGAGACGCGCCGACGGGGAUCCGUCGACCGUGUGAUUAUGAAAACACCCGCGCCAAUGUUGUUGCACAGAAUCGUCUCCGCGCUCCGACGAGACUGAAAGUCGUGUGUUCGGAAGGUGUUUUAACUUCCACUGGCCUCGCUUACGUAAUCAAAGCCACGGGCUAAUGCGCCAAACAGAGAAGAAGGUCCGGAUUGCUGCUGGUGCGAAUGGGGGGGAAAGCAGGAGAGAAGCACCUCAUGCCCAAACGCAGUUGGCUCCGGGACGCGCUCUCGGUUCAAGACUAAAGAAGAAGAGAGAAACCUCCCUUCGCUUGAUGAAGGACAGCCACUGUAGUUGGGAUACUUACAGUAUUUGGGAAUAACCAGACCUACAUCUAAAUUCUGGUCUUCGCCGUUGGUCCCAACAACCACACUUGGGUGAUUUAAAAAGAUCAUACUGGGAGCUCCACAGCAUCCCGCCUCUCCACCCGGACGUCUCUGAUGGACCACAGAGGGAAUGGGGGAACCCCUACAAACAUAAACUCCUGUCUGGACCCUAUUCCUGCAUCUGAAGACCCUGAGGUGGCACGGAAAAGGAAGAGGGGUGAGGGGGAGAAAGGAGAAGUUGGGGAAAAGGAAGAGGAGAAAAUAGGGCCCUUGAAAAAGAGAGAAGCCGACAAGGGUGCAGUGCUGGAGUUGCUCAUCGAGGGGCGCUGUGGAAGUGCAGGGCAGCAGCAGCUUCAGAUCUCUGGCAGAGAGACCAGCUGCCCCGAGGGGAACGCACGUCUCCGGAAUGGACUCCAGGCCAAACGCACCAAGAAACCGCCCAAGAUCUUGGAGAGCUACGUCUGCAAGCCCAACGUCAGGACCUAUCAGAGGCAGGCCAGGGCAGGACCGCUGAGGGGUGCUGGAGAGGGAGGACCGCAAAACAACGCCAGCUCCACUCCAAACGGGGCUACCGGGGAUCAACGUUCAGGCUUGGGUUCUGUCCAGACAACAUCCAAACAAACGGCAUCUGCCGCCUCACCAACGCUUGGCGCGCCACCAUCAUCGUCAUUGCAGCCACUGUCGUCAUCAUCAACAGGCUCUGCGACAGUGUCAGUCCCUGCCGUAACCAGCCAAGGGACCAAGUCUGCCAAACAGACUCCCAAACUGGCCGAUAAGACAGAGGUGAAUUCAAAUGGCUCAUCCGAGAGAGUGAAGAAAGAGAAGCUUCCCAGUGUCAAUGGCAAGCCUGUCCCUGCAGGAUACAAACCCUGCUUGCCUACAACAGACCAGACAGUUUCAAUUACUCCUUCCACUGCAUCCUUCCAAGCCCCAUCUGCAUCGGAAACCAGGAAUGAAGGAAAGACCACCAAGAAACAUAAUGGUUUGGUUCAGACAGCAAAACAGAAGGGACUAUCUAAUGGAAAAGGCUCUGUCGAUAUCCUUUGCACUUCAAUCUCGCAGAAAAACAAAGUUGGAAAACAUAGCAGUUCCUCCUCCGUUUCCUCCAUCGACUCCUUGGCAAGACUUCCAGCCUUCACCACCUCCCAUAAAGAAUUCAGCCCGUCCAAUAAGAGUACACCAGACUCUCCUUCCUCUUCUUCAGUCACCCCUGAACCGCAGUCCAUUACCACUGCGGCUCUCUCCUCUGCCGAAGAUCAGGAUCGCCCUCCAAAGGCCUCACUAGAGAAAAAGAGAGACAAAGAGAGGAAAGCAAAGAAAGACAAACGGAAAGACAAAAAAUCAAAGAGAGAUGGAUUGGGAGGUGACAGAUCAAAAAGUCAGAGCAGAAAAGAGGAAGGCAAAAAGAAGAAGAAAAAGGAGAAAGGGAAAGAUGGGAAAUCGAGGCGUAGCAAAGAAAAAGAGGAAGGACAUAGGAUUGAUGAUACGCGGAAGGAUGAGUUAAAGACUGAAAGAGGCAAAGCAGAGGAAAAUAGGGAUACAUUCAGCCCAGUCAGACAAAGACCAGAGCAUAAUCCAGUGGGUGACACAGUUGAUACAGAUAAAACCGUGAAUCCAGGCAGACCAGAUGAGAUUAUAAGGAUGGAUGACAGUUGCAAACCCGUUGAACAAACUGAGCCAACGACAGCAACAGGUGACAACAGUAAAUCAAAAGAACAAGAUGUCUCAAGACAUUUAACUGUGCCUCCAAGCCUCUCCUCCUCUAACUCUGCUCCUCCCCCUCUACCCACUCCCUCUGCCCGUGCCCCUGGUUCUCUCCCCUUUUCUCUCCAAGAGCAGGACAGCCGUCCUCUUAAGAAACGCAAAGCCAGGAGGCCCAGCUGGACCAAGCUGGUGCACCGGGCUCAGAGAGCGGAAAAUCCGGAAGCCCCUUCAGAUUCCCAACAUAAUCGUUUACCAAGUUUCCCACAGUACUCCAAGAUGUCCCUUUCUGCCAAGGCCACUAUUCAUCCGAGCGACGAGUCACACACAGCCUCCUCCUCUAGCUCCUUAAACAGCAGCUUCUGUCCCCUUCUGUCCUCUACUACCGAACCUCCACCCCCAAUGCAAAGUCAUCCCACAUCAGACCCGAGUCGCCCUGCUUCCAGAUACCCCAUAGCCCCUGCAAGAAGACGGGGCCGCCCGAAAUCCCACAGCUCCGGCUCAGAUGAACCUCCCGCGAGGCUUUCACCAAACGCUGUCCCUACUGAGGUGCCUCACUCAGCGAGUGACAGAGUUCAAAAAGCCGCUGGGCUGGAGCCAAGCGCAAAACUGCAGUGCGCCGCUCAGUCUAAAUCCAGCCCCAAGAAGCGUGGCCGUCCUCCCAAGCGACCCCUCCCCGAGGACCACAGUCCACCGAAAGAUUUCUACGCUGCCGAAAAGGGGAACAGGCAGCUAAAGAUCAGGAGGCUGAUUAACGAGAUGAAGAAAAGAAAGAAGAGGAGACUUCACAAGGUAAUGCUGUCCGGGUACGUGGGAAAAGAGGUGAGAGGAGGUCAGGCAGCAAAUGGCGAGACCUCUCUGAGAAUGAGUAAAUCGAUAGAGGCUACAACAGUACACACACUCUCAGCUCUGUCUUCCUCCUUCGGGAGCAAGUUGGGCCCUCAGAUCAAUGUGAGCAAGAGAGGAACGAUCUACAUGGGUAAGAGACGAGGACGCAAGCCUAAAGCCCAAAUAGCUAACAGCGCGCAGUCGUCGCUGUUUAACAAUCCCUCCGAAACAUCGCUCUUCUCGUCCAACCAACCCCAGCAUCCUCCCUCUCACCCGUUUCCUUCUCCAUCUCUCACACACUCCAGCGGGGCCCAGAGCCCUUAUAGUGAAGGCAGCCUCACAGAACCAACAUCCUCCUUGCUGUUCCCACCCCCUUUCUCCCUCCCUUCCCCGUCAUCCUCCUGUACCUCCCCCCGUCCUCCCUCCUCCUCGUCCUACUCCCCCUUUGUGAAGAAGAGUUGCCCGUGUCAAGGAAGGCAUCAUUUCCCCUUUCACCAGUCUUCAUGUAAGCUCUCCUGUCCCACCCCUCCACUGCAUCACACAGCCGGCUCCCCUGGCCACCUGAAAGAGGCCACCCCCUCCCCCAGGAGCGAGUCGCACAGCGAGGACACGCUGCCCAGCGACAGUGGGAUUGGAACGGAUAACAACAGUGUUUCAGAGCGAGUAGAGAUGAGGGGGAAUAGAGGCUUGUUCCGACUGGGUCAGGGGUCCGGAUUGAUUCUGGGGGGUCAAAGGCACCCCUCCUUUCCUGUCUCCUCACCCCUCUCUCUGAUGCAGAGACACACAAACCUCAUCACCAACCCAACUCACCUGGAGCGGCACAGAGACAGACACAGGCACAGGCCAAGGGAUUACGAAUGUCCCUCUUCCUGUACUUGCUUGUGCCCGUGCUCCUGCCAAGGACACAACAAGUGUACCCAUUUGGACUAUUUCCCAGGCCACGGACAUAACGCCAUGAAGAGACAGAAAAAUAAACAUAAGAAGAAGCACCAGCAGCUCCACAUGCAGGAUCCGGAGUUCCUGGCCGAGCUAGAAGACCUGAUCGCUCAGUUCGGCGAUGUCCACAUAGGUCGGCGAAGUUGGGUGAGGACAGGAGCCGGACAGGGCUUCGAUGCUAGUAGGAAUGCUGCCGGGGGAAGGCGCCAACAGUCCGCCUCCCACUCUCUCCGCUCCAACAUCUUCAGGAUCAAUCUGAACGGCUUCUACUCUCCCCACUCCUCAUCUUACUCUGCCAAUCCCCCCUUCUCCCCACAGCCUUUCUACCCUCACCAGCCGGUGCACUGCAGCAGGAAGCCGGACAGCCGGCAGUGUGGUUGCUCGUCAAAAUUUCAGGAUUGCAUUGAUAAUAUGGGCUUUUACAGCAGCUAUCCCCCAGCCACGACGCUUUACCACCAUCUCCCCAGCUCCUACCAGCUUCCCUCGCCACACCAGUACGCCCCCCAUCAGCCCCAUCAUACACACUUCCUCCUCAACCCCGCCCGUUUCCACAGGCGGAGGAGCAGGUUGCUGCGAGAGGGAGCUUUGGGGGCAGAGAUUGAGGGAGACGUAGGAGGCGGCGGAGGAACCCCACACCUCAGCUCGGGGUUCUUGUCCAGCCUCUCCUGUGGCUGUGGGAGGAGCGAACACAAACACAGACACAAACACCGUCACCGGCACUGCGACCGAGACAUGGAGGAAGAGGAGGAGGAGGAGGAGUUACAUGAUGAGGUGGAUGAAGAUGGAAUGGAGAGAGAGGGGUUGUCAAAGCCACGGUCAGGGUUCAUUUUGGGGCAAAGCGAGGGAGGGAGGAAGAGGGCUAGAGGAAUGGGGUCCGCUGCUGCUGCCACAUCAUCAUCAUCAUCCUCAGGAGAGAGGUUGAAACACACAUGUCUCACCUCACUGGGGCUCGGUUCCUCUCACCUUUCUUCAUUUGGAGGAAGCUGGGGCGGUCUAGGCCAGAGCUGGACAAAAUUUGGGGGGAUUGGAGGGAGAGGGUUUGGAAACACAACUCCAAGCUGGAGAGGCUUCACCGGAGAGCAGCAUACGGGCGGACAUGUCGCGUCAGACGGAGAGGACGAGGACGGCGAGGACGAGUCACACCUGUACAGGACGUCCCCGUCCCCGACACACACCAACCUGUUCACAUCAGCUGCUUUGGCAGCAGGGGGGAGGGGUCUGAGGAGCGGAUUGGCCGGUAGGAAUCCAGGCAGCGGGGACAGGUCAUGGAGGAAAGAUGAGCCAGCAUGGACCGAGAGGAGAGAAGCAGGUUUACAAGGUGACUCAAGAAGCCAGGGGCAGCAGAAAGCCGCGCCAGCGCCAGACAGUGUGUCAGGGGGAGGAAAAAGAAGGCCGGGGCGGCCCAGGAAGCAUCCGCUGCCCUCCACCCUCUCCUCCACGCCGCGCUCCUCCGCAGCUCCUCGGCACCUCUCUCCACCCGACCUCUUGCCGGAGCACAACAGAGGCGGGAGAGACGCGGGGGGGCCAGAGAGAGACAGAGGAGGCGACGCGGCGCAGCAGGUGACAGAGCCGGAGCUGCAGGCCAGGAGGAAAAGGGGACGGAAAAGAAAACAUGGUGACUCUCCUUGUCAUCAGAGUGUCGCUGAGGAUAAACCCGGGUGUGACACCCCCCCUGAAUGCUUUAGCCCAUCAGAUGUUGACCAGGCUCAAUCUCAACCAGCAACCAUCCAAAGAGAGGAAAGAGCAGACGGGCCUCCCAGGAAGACAUUCCUCAGGGCGGGUCUUUACUCUGACGAUUACAAAACUUUAGACCCGCCCUCCCAAGCCCGGCAGUUGUGCAAAGAGAGUAUGGAUUACUCACCGGGGGAGCAUGAAUAUAGCCUUUUACCUGCUCCCAUAAAUGUUGGGAAGUACCUGAGGCUGAAGAGGAUUCAUUUCCAGUUACCUUAUGACGUUAUGUGCUUGUGGCAGAACAAUCAGCUUCAAAAGCAGCCUGCUGUCCCCCUUAAGAGGAAGCGGCGUUACUGCCGGCUGAAGCAGAGGAUGGUGUCCGCUCACAGGGCAGGGGAGAGCUCUGGCGACAUUAGCAGCUUGUUUCCGCACCUCGACAUGGAGCCUAUGACCAGCAGCGAGAGGAGCUUCGUGGUGAAACAUCACGUGUUCCUUGUGAGGAACUGGGAGCUCGUGCGGGACAGACAGAUCCGACUGAGGAUAGCGGGGGAGAGGGACGCCGAGGGAGAGGAGCAGGACUCCCAAAGUCUGUCCCUCGUUGGAGCCGAUGGGGACGACGGCCACAUCAAGUCAGAUCAGAAAGCGGGGAAGGUGCCGGUUAUCAACAGUGUCCCCCACCAUCACAGUCAGGACGCCUCCAGCUUGCUCACUGACAGCCCCUCUCCCAGAACCCAGAACCAAAAAGAGGACGAGGAAGAGGAAGAAAAACGAGGGGGAGAACAGGUCUGCUGCAGAGAACAGAGGAGGAAACGGCUGAAUGAUUUACUUUUGACCCUGCAGCAUUUAUAAGCUAACAAUGAGAGGUGGGACCACUCUUAAACAAAGGGACCAGGCCCACCACCGUUCAGAUGGACUGGAACUGAUGUCACAAUACUGCUAUCAACAGUAGUAGUGCCAAUGGAAACAAGUGAGAAAAGGAGGAAGCGUGAUGGGGUAUUAUAGCAGCUGAUAAAUGCAAGAAAAACAUCUCACACACGCGCUCUGAAGGGCAUCACACCAAGGAUGAAACCAUGGCAACACAGCUUUGGUCCAAGCCGCAAAGGAUGAGAGAAACUGAGACAAACUCUCCCAGAUGAAUGAAUGAAUGGAAUAAAAGAAACAGACCAGCUGGAAUGAAUUUGCACUAGUGCUGGAUGAUCAAGCACACUAAAGACUGUAUGUAUGUAUGCUGAGUGAACUAUAAACACACUAACACACACACAUACUGUACACUUUGAUUGCUCUUACUGAGGCACCUUAAGCAAAGACAGACAUUGGUCAGAAUCUGCAAGUGGACAUAUAUGGUACUCAGCAUCUCAGCUCUGAUGUUUCCAAGAGACGAGGAGCUCAUGCGCCGCCCAGCGAUACAAAAAUGUAGCCUGGGCCCUAGGUAGGUCAAGAUUUAACCUUCGUUUACUCAUUAAGCUUUCAAAGUCAUAUUGCACCUUUGGGAAAUAACACGGAGGAUCAAUGAACCAGUUGAAAGCUUUUGAGACAAUGGAAUGUUUUUUUUCCUUCACUUUACCAAGACAGCGUCUGCUAUGUACCAGCGAAUAGGCAGGGGAGGGGGGGCGGGCGGGGGGGUUGCUUUGUGAUAGGAAUUUUGGCAUCACUGCAAGAGAAUUUCUAAUGAGGUUUUAAGAAAGAAGUUAUUUUUGGAAAGUACAGAAAGCUUAAGCACUGUCUGCUUAAGAGAUGAGCAAAAUAUAUUCAUGAUAAGAAUGUUUAUUAUUGACUAUUUUCAGUAUUGUUUCGUUGGGAAGGGGCAUAAAGCGUUUUGUUUACUUCAGACUGCCUUUGAGAAUGUUUUUGCUCCAGAGCAUUGACAAUCAGAAUGUCGUAUGGGGAAGAGAGGAAACAUAACUAGAAUUGAUUUCCCCCAAAUGCUCUGUAGAAGUGCCAUGUUGUCUUGUGUACCUACCUAAGCGAACUCAUACAGUCUUUAAAAGCAAUAUCUCAUUUGAUAAGGACUACAUUAGGACUUCCGUUAUGUGUUUUGUUGUUGUGAAUAUCUGAGGAUUGGAGGUCAUUUUUUUGUACAGUGGCAUAGUAGGUUGUUCUCAUGUUAGAAGCAUUGGGCCAAUCCACUUACUGGUAGUACCCAUAAGCGUUUAGUUUGAUGUGAAUGUACAUAGAGAGAGACCUGUUUUCAUUCUAUCAGCGGUAGCGUGUGAAAUGAGUAGUUUACAUGACAAUACUAUUGGGAUUAUACAUUGAACGUAUUAAUCAUUAUACAUUUGGUUUUACCAACAUGUUUUUAACGGAGUAUAAAGCUGACCAAUAUAUCACUAAUUUUUUUCCUAAAAUUGACUAUGAUUGUAUCUGAUUUUUUGUAGAAUUACAUAAUUUGUCUCUUGUUAGCUGCGCGUACAUUUUUCAUUUUCUAAUUAUUGGUUUGGACAAUCAGUGACAGUGAUUUAGUCUUUCCAGUGUUACAUUUCUGCUCUAAUUCAGUAGUGUGGCUUUAAAUAACAAGCCAAGAAAGUGCAAUUUCUUUGACUGUUUACAUGCUGUAUGUAUAUUUUUUCCUCUCGCUUUUUUUAACUAAGAGCACUACAUUAUUGCCAGUGGGUAAUUAACUUUAUAGCAAAAGUACACAUAAAGAGUUAUUUAUCUAGUUGCAUGAAAUGUAACCGUUCCUGUUGCCUCUGAUAAUAUGCAUCUGAAAAACAAAACAUCAAAAACAGUUAUAACUCAAUGCCAUAGAAUGUCAGCUAAGACUAUUUGCCUCUAUAACCAUGAUAAUAAAAGCAUUUUAUGUAUACUA